AGGAGCUCCUAAGGCGCGUGCACGGGAGCCGGUGUGUCCUGUUCGCUCGGCUGCUUAGACCUUUACCUUUCUACGUCAGGGGAACGGAGCCCCGCGGGCGCUUACCUACAUGCAUAACGGGAAAGGCCACUGCUGCCAUCGUUACUGCUCCUUCCAGCCUCCGCCGGCAACGGCAUGAAUCAUUCGGAGUGCCGGUCACCCCUCACCCCUGAGAAGAACGGACAGAGCGACUGGGAGCCCGGUGGUUACUGCGGAGAAGAGGACGAAGAAGACGGCGAGCCAGGAGAAGGUAUCCGAGGUGGACUCGGAGAGGACCACCAUCCCUACCGCCGCCAUAGCUACCGCCGCCAUCCCCGCCGCCCCUCGCCACCCUGUAGCCUUGCGCCCAUGUCCCCGCCUGGCAAGAAGCACCUGGGCCUUGAGCUGCAUCUCAGCGGUCAGGCCUAUGACUUUCCGUCCGACCCCGGCCUGGCUGGCUCCCCUUCCGAGGGCGAGGAUGGUGAGUUCGAAGGAGGCAGCAGCGGGAUGCUGAUCCCGGAGAGGAAGCGGACCCGCUCCAGCGGCUCCCGGCACCGCUACGACAUCGUGACGGAGCUUGGUCCGGAGGAGGUCCGUUGGUUUUACAAAGAGGACAAGAAGACCUGGAAGCCAUUCAUCGGAUACGACUCACUGCGCAUCGAGCUGGCCUAUCGCAAGCUGUGGGAGCUCAGCGCCUCCGAGGGGGACCCGGGGCCCCAGGGCGAGGACGGGGACAGCCAAGAGGUGCCCCAGGAGGACGGCGCCGAGCUGGAUGUGGUGGCUAUCGGGGAUGUAGUGAAGAUCGAGCCGGUGUGUGUCCGCAGUGGGCUGUACGAGGUGGAUGUGACCGAGGGGGAGUGUUACCCCGUGUACUGGAACCAGAACGAUAAGAUCCCGGUAAUGCGAGGCCAGUGGUUCAUUGAUGGCACAUGGCAGCCACUCGAGGAGGAUGAAAGCAAUUUGAUUGAACAAGAACAUCUGAGCUGUUUUAGGGGUCAUCAGUUGCAGGACAAUUUUGACAUGGAGAUUGCAAACCCCGUCGACCACAAGGAUGUUACCUACCAACUUCCUCCCUUCUCCCUCCCUUUCCUGUUCAAAUGGAGUGGAUAUAAGGAGAGCGCAGAGGGCCCAUGUGCUAAAAGAAAGCGUUGCGAAGCUGUUCAUAGUUUGAAGUUAAGUCGCAACCACGUGGAUUGGCACAGCGUGGAAGAGGUUUAUCUGUAUAGCGACGCAACGACUUCCAAGAUCGCACGGACUGUUACUCAGAAGCUAGGUUUUUCUAAAGCUUCAAGUAGCGGAACCCGGCUUCAUAGAGGUUAUGUUGAAGAAGCUACUUAUGAAGACAAACCUGUGGAGACGACUCAUAUUGUGUUUGUUGUGCAUGGAAUUGGACAGAAAAUGGACCAAGGAAGAAUCAUCAAAAAUACUGCCAUGAUGAGAGAGACUGCAAGAAAAAUUGAAGAAAAGCACUUUUCCAACGUUGCAACAGAACAUGUAGAGUUCCUUCCUGUGGAGUGGAGAUCGAAGCUUGCCCUAGAUGGAGACACUGUGGAUUCUAUUACUCCAGACAAGGUUCGCGGUAUAAGGGACAUGUUGAACAGCAGUGCAAUGGACAUAAUGUACUAUACAAGUCCUCUGUACAGAGAUGAACUGGUGAAAGGCCUUCAGCUGGAGUUGAAUCGUCUCUACAGCCUCUUCUGCUCUCGGAAUCCGGAGUUUGAAGAGAGAGGUGGAAAAGUCUCUAUUGUGUCCCAUUCUCUGGGCUGCGUCAUUACCUACGAUAUCAUGACUGGCUGGAACCCCGUGCGUCUCUACGAACAACUGGAUCAACAUGAAGAUGAAGACCCUGAGGAACAAUGGAUAAGUUAUGAAGAGCAACAUCUUCUUCGAGAGCUUUUGCUGACCAAACAGCGGUUAAAGGAGCUGGAGGACAGGUUACAUGGCCUCAAGACAACAUUGUCUAACACCCCUGCCUUAAAAUUUAAGGUUGAGAAUUUCUUCUGUGUGGGAUCGCCCCUCGCAGUCUUCUUGGCUUUGCGUGGCAUCCGUCCUGGAAACAGUGGAAGUCAGGAUCACAUUCUGCCUAAAACUAUUUGUAACCGCUUGUUUAAUAUUUUCCAUCCUGCAGAUCCAGUGGCCUAUAGACUUGAACCCUUAAUACUGAAGCACUACAACAAUAUUUCACCUGUCCAGAUCCAUUUCUGGAACACAACAAACCCUGUACCCUACAAGCAUAUGAAACCAUGCUUUAUCAACCCAUCCAAAGAAACUACCUCAAUUUCCGAUACCGAAAGCAUACCAAGCCCAAGCACUUCACCGGUUCUGCCUCGGCGACACUACGGAGAGUCCAUAACCAAUAUAGGCAAAGCAAGUAUAUUAGGUGCUGCAAGCAUCGGAAAGGGUCUCGGGGGGAUGCUGUUCUCGAGGUUUGCACGUUCUAGUGCAACCCCUCAAGGUUAUGACGUAAAAGAUUCCGCAGAGGGGGAAGACAAAAAAUCAGUCUUAAGUCAGAACUCGACUGGAUCGCAGACCAUCCCACACAGCGUAUCGGGCUCCCUGGACUCCACAUUGGAGUUGGAGCACAGGAUUGAUUUCGAACUGCGAGAAGGCCUUGUGGAAAGUCGAUACUGGUCCGCCAUGACUUCACAUACCGCUUAUUGGUCCUCAAUGGACGUGGCGUUAUUCCUUCUGACUUUUCUGUAUAGGGAAGGCCAAGAGGAGGACGAAGAAAAACAAGACGUGGAAGCACUUUAGUGUUUUCUUUAGUUGCAGAAACUGGAUAUUUCACCCUGUUAGUAAAAUGCAGACUGUUUGAGGCACGAAGGUCUUGGUUCAUGCAUGUUUGAAUGUUGUUUUGUUUCUAGAGCGCAGCAUAA